ACGCUCGGUUGCCCACCAUCACCAUCAUCGCGGGGCUAAAGUUUUCUUAUCGAAAUCUUUCCUCCAGACAUACAUCAACGGCAUUCAUAGGAAACACCGCCACGAUGUCUGCUAUGGAUCUAGAUGCCCCGGUGUCUAUUGCACCGCAGUUUAGAGAAGGGCAGACAAAUGCAACUAUUCUCUGCUGUAACUGUGGCGCGCCGAUCGAUGGAACUACUUCAGCAGGAGCACUCUGCUUCGACUGUGUUAAGCUUACGGUUGAUGUCUCCCAAGGAAUCCAACGCGAAGCCACCCUCCAUUUCUGCAGAGACUGCGACCGAUGGCUCCUCCCACCCUCGACUUGGAUUGUUGCAGCCCCCGAAUCAAGAGAACUCCUCGCGCUUUGCCUGAAGAAACUCCGAGGUCUACAUAAAGUCAGGAUUAUCGAUGCUAGUUUUAUAUGGACCGAACCUCACUCUCGGAGAGUGAAGGUCAAGCUCACCAUCCAGGACUCGGUUUCCGAGGGCGUGGUUCUGCAACAAGCUUUCGAGGUGGAGUAUGUAGUGGCAUACCAACAAUGUCCGGAAUGUGCAAAAUCAUACACCGCAAACACAUGGAGAGCAUGCGUGCAAGUCAGACAGAAGGUCCCUCAUAAACGGACCUUCCUUUACCUCGAGCAACUCAUUCUUAAGCACGGUGCACACAAGGAUUCCAUAAAUAUUAAGGAAGUGAAGGACGGACUGGAUUUCUUCUUCUCAGCACGAAACCAGGCGGAGAAAUUCGUUGAUUUCCUGAACUCUGUUGCACCUGUCCGAUCGAAGAAGUCUCAAGAACUUAUCUCCAUGGAUAUUCACACGUCUACUAAAUCUUACAAAUUCACAUUCUCCGUCGAAUUGGUCCCCAUCUGCAAGGAUGAUCUGGUGGCCAUUCCGAUCAAGCUGGCCAAGCAAGUCGGCAAUAUCUCCCCUCUAGGCAUCUGCUACCGUGUCGGUACAUCUGUCAAUAUCCUCGACCCAAGUACUUUACAGACCGCUGAUAUCAGCACUCCCAUCUACUGGCGAGCGCCGUUCACCUCUCUGGCUGACGUUCAAGAGCUUGUUGAGUUUAUUAUAAUGGAUAUCGAACCUAUCGGACCACAGAAGGGCAGAUGGCUUCUUGCAGAAGCCACAGUAGCACGUGCAACCGAUCUCGGGUCAAACGAUACGACCUACUACACUCGCACACAUCUCGGGAACGUUCUCCAUCCCGGUGACUCCGUCAUGGGUUACAUGUUGACGGGUACCAACUUCAACAACCCACAAUUCGAUGCCCUAGAAGAGUCCAACACCUACUCCUCGCAGAUCCCCGACGUCAUGCUAGUCAAGAAGUUCUACGCCAGAAAGAAGAAGUCCAAGAACCGGGCAUGGCGCCUUAAGCGCAUGGCCAGAGACGAGGGCGAUCUCCUGCCCAAGAAGGCAGACCAGGAGAGGAUGGACCGAGAUUACGAGAUGUUCCUACGGGACGUCGAGGAAGAUGCCGAGCUCCGUCAAACGAUGGCUCUAUACAAGGCUAAGAAGAAGAAGGAGGACGAGGAAGCCAUGAGCGUCGUGGAGACGGAUGACGGCGAGGACGAGACGCCCCAGAUCGAUAUGGACGAGCUGCUGGAUGAAUUCGACGAGCUGAACGUUGAUGAUGAGGAGUAG